AGAGCAGAACAACGCACUCGCUUCGCCCACGCGUCCUCCGCGGCUUCCCUGUCUACGGGAUAAUAACACACGCACUCCUGCCCGCCCAGUCAUCCGUCCAAUUCCCUCGGGCCCAAAUCCAAUUCUCUCUGGCCCUCACCAUGGUCCUGGGAGCCACAUCGGAAUAGCACCAAUCACCACCCAGUCCCCGGGCGGACGCCCUCAUAACGCUUCGCCGGGUCGGGCCCGUUGUCCUCCAUCCACGGCAGCCUGCGGCAAGACAUAACCAGAAAUGGACGAAGAUACAAAGCCGAGCACGCUGGCCCCGCCAGCCGUCACGGCCCUCAGGGAGGAGGCCGCGGCCACCUCGACCCAUCGCGUGCACAUGGAACGCACCGUCAGCCAAGACAUUCGCGAGCAGCGUGAAGACCUCAAAGAGGCCGCCGAGCAUACACUCAAUGUCAUCAUGUACUUGGAUCUCGACAAUAAGAUACAGUACGUGAGCGACUCAUGGAAGGACGUCAUCGGCACCACCACCGACCAGGUCGUGGGGAAACCAGUCUCCGAGAUCCUUCUGGGAGACUGCGGCCAGUUUUACGAAACCAUCGAAUCAAUGAGAAAGGACGAUUCGAGGAGCAGAAUCACCCGUUUCACCGUCCAGUUGGGCCCCCACUCGGCACUCUUGCGGAAGCGAUCACGACGCUCCGAGAGCGAGGAACAAGAAUCGGAGGGUCAGGUUGAGGAAGAGAUCGAGGAAGAGGAGCAGCAGAUCCUCAAUCUCGAGGCACAAGGCAUCAUGGUCUACGACCGAACGACUGGUGCUGAAAGUCACUCUAUGUGGAUGAUCCGCCCUUCGGUUGUACGCGAAGUCACCAUUGACCUCCCGGAAGUGCUUGUGGAGUCUCUCGGUGUAGGGGCCGAGAUGUUGGCUCACUAUCUCAAUGGCCUUGCCGAACAAGGUGCAAAUGACCCUGGCCACCACCCACCCCCACUACCUGUACUUUGUCGUAUCUGCGAACGUCAGAUUACACCAUGGUGGUUCGAGAAACACACCGAGCUAUGUCUACAGGAGCAUCGUGCCGAGAUGGACGUCCAAAUGGCCCAAGAGGGACUUGCCGAGCACCGCAAUGCCAUCGUCAAAGUCCUGGAUGCUCUUGAGAACUCUAGCCGAGUGUCGAGAGCUACGCCGACCGAAAUGACGCAACCCCCGCAACUUCCUGAAUACAAAGGAAUUCCCAUUCAGGCGACGUCCACCCCCUCCUCGGGUACUCCAUCUGGUCGCAAUUCCCCGGCAUCGCCUCCCUCGAGGUCUCGUGAAAGAGGUAUCGGAUUUGGUCAUCACCGUGCCCGAUCUUUUGCCGUGCGAAGACCCCUGGCUCGCAUCGUGGAGCUUGUUCUAGAUCUGUGUGAUACAGCCCUCGAGAUCAACACCCCCUCUGUCAAGGAUGGCAUGCGUGGGCAGCCUGCAAGCGAAAUCAGGACACAGUCCCCUCAAUCAGAGAAUCGAAUUUCUCAGGUGUUGCAAUGGCAGUCCCCCUCCCUGGGCGUCUCCGAUCACGGGGAUGGCUUCAAGAUGCUCUGUGAAGAUACCGGUAAAUUCGCACGAGCCAAAGUGGAUGCUGUCUUCCGCCACAGGCGUAUCCUAGAGUACUCGGAACGAAUACGAAUCGAAUUCGAUCUACUCGUGCAAGAGUGCAUCGAGGCUGCAAUGGACAAAGCCGCCAGAAUUGCGGCGGGCGAGGACAGCUCGUCGGAUGAGGAGCAGCGGGAAGAAGAAGGCCCGUGUGAUAUGAACGACAUCCCUCCCAUUGAGGAUCUCAUCUUUCCUGGGUCGUUCGAGGGUCCUUCGGCUAUGGCACAGGCCCUUCGUAACGCCUCUGACCCUUCUUUACCAGCAGGAUUGAGCAGACGAGAAUCCUCCGUGGCGGGGUCAACGAGGUCUAGUAGUCCUCGGGGUGGAAACCAGACGCCUCGCUCCCAUGUUGGGGCCAUCAACAUCGUUACGCACAACAAACGCCAAUCUAUGCACUUUGAAAGCGAUGCCGGAGCCGAUAGUGAUAGCAGUGUGAGAUCGUCCGUUCUAUCUGGUCCCCGACGAGCAGACUCCCCGUCCUCCGAACUUGGCUUGAACAGGGUUGCCAGCUCACGCGAGCGCAAACGCAAGAGUCUCAUUCUUCCGAGUGCAAUGUCGAACAGUCGGCAGCAGUCGCCCGCUCGAGCGAUCAUUCCUCCGUCUUCGCCUCUGCGGAUGAACAAGCCACGACUUCCCAGCGGUGCUGCCGAGGGAUUGCAGUCCCCCAUCACAUCUCCUGUCCUGGCCACAAGCGAGUUCUCCUCUCCUGCGCUUGCCCAUGUCCAGUACCACCACCAUCGCCGUCAAUCCUCCACGGCAGGUUCGGAUGGGCCAAGGGCUGUUUCUCCGCGCAUGAUGCCACUCACAACUGCUCCUCAGCCCCGUGCCGUUCCUCCAUCAAUCAAAGACUUCGAAGUUAUCAAGCCCAUCAGCAAGGGCGCUUUCGGCAGUGUGUACCUGGCGAAGAAGAAAUCGACUGGAGAAUACUACGCGAUCAAAGUCUUGAAGAAGGCAGACAUGGUAGCAAAGAACCAGGUCACCAACGUGAAAGCAGAGCGUGCAAUCAUGAUGUGGCAGGGCGAAAGUGACUUUGUUGCUAAGCUAUACUGGACGUUCUCGAGCAAGGACUACCUCUACCUAGUCAUGGAGUAUCUUAACGGCGGAGACUGUGCGUCUUUGGUCAAGGUACUAGGCGGGAUUCCCGAGGACUGGGCCAAGAAGUAUCUCGCGGAGGUGGUGCUCGGUGUUGAGCACUUGCACAGCCGCGGCAUUGUUCAUCGUGAUCUGAAGCCUGACAAUCUUUUGAUCGACCAGAAAGGUCACUUGAAGUUGACCGAUUUUGGCCUCUCUCGCAUGGGAUUGAUCGGUCGUCAGAAACGAGCUUUGAAUAGCAAGGCAGAUGAAGCUGCACCAGAUCUGCUGAAGUCAGGACCCUUUCAUCGUGCAACUUCGAUGGCCUCCUCGCGCUCGGCAUCUUUCGAUCUGAACCCUUCACCUUCACAGACUCCUAGCAUGACUCCUGCCCUGGCCGGCGAUAUAGGUCAGCCCUCCUACUUCAGUCUCAAUAGGGAGAGCUCCAACAGCCGCGAUCCAUCGAGAAGGACGUCGGGCAAUCGAAGUGACAGUGGUGAUACCGAAGCUUUUCAGGCUAUGUUCCGAAGAUUCUCCAUCGUCGACGAUCAAUUGGUUCAAACACGAAGUCGAUCGCCGAUUGAGGAGGAGGCUUUCAGCGAUGAAGGCUCUCCUGAUCUAUUCCCCAUAGCACACACCAUGAGUCAAGUGAGCACCGCCCAGAACAAUACACCUCCUCCAACGUCGGCUAUGCCGCCACCGCAUAUGGCCCUGUUUGAUCCGGAAGACAGCAACCGACGUUUCGUUGGUACCCCAGACUAUCUUGCACCUGAAACCAUCAGUGGCAGUGGUCAAGACGAAGUCAGCGAUUGGUGGUCAUUGGGGUGCAUUCUAUUUGAAUGCCUUUUUGGGUAUCCACCAUUUCAUGCCGAUACUCCUGAUGCGGUGUUCCAGAACAUCCUAUCACGCAACAUCGACUGGCCCGAUGAAGACGAGGCCGAGGUCUCGGAUGAUGCAAAGGAUCUCAUGAAUCGUUUGAUGUGCACCGAUCCCUCAAAGCGACUAGGUGCGAACAUGGACGACAAAUUUGCCAGUGGCGGAGAGGAAAUCAGAAAUCAUCCUUGGUUUGCUGACGUUGAUUGGGAAACGCUUCGUGAUGCCGAGGCGUCUUUCAUUCCUGCACCUCAGAACCCGGAGGACACUGAGUACUUUGACACCAGAGGCGCAGCGAUGCAAAACUUCACUGAGUUUGAGGAUCAGGGUACAUCCUCUGGCGGUACCCCCGGUGCCGACUAUCCUGACCGUCCUCACGAUGCGCUCUCUCGCGUUCGCUCUCAAAUCAGUGUUACUACUAUGAAGCGUGGCCUCAUUCCAUUGCACAUACCUGCUCAUGUCCGCGAAGGCCGAACUAGGAGGCUGAGCGAGCCUGUUGCAACGGACGAUUUUGGCAAUUUCAGCUACAAGAACUUGCCGGUGCUAGAAAAGGCAAACAAAGACGUCAUACAGAAGCUUCGCGCAGAGGCAAUGCAACCGCACAGCAAGCCAGUGUCUGCUGUUCAAUCACCGACCAUCACGUCUCCUUCGCCAUCCUUGGAGUCUAGCCCCAUGCUUCCGGCUCCGCUGAAGCGAACUCUAUCUACUACCAAAGGUGCCGCCGGAAGACCAUCGUCUCCAUCAGUUGGCGGGUCAAAUUCCUCGCCAAACCGAGCCUCUCAACCAUCGUCUCCGUUGUUAGUUCAAUUUAGUACUGGCCAGCAUCAUGAAAGACGCAAGACCUCUAGUAGCGGUUCCUCGCUUGCACAUUCCACGAGCAAUCCGGCAUCACUUCAGCCUGGUAACUUCUUCGAUGCUCCCCGUCUAGGUUCUGGCUUUCGCAAUUCCCCCGAAGCCAUCUCACCGAUCAAGCUCGUUAAAACACCCUCUGCUAUGUCUUCAUCCUUCACUGAAAAAGGAAACCCAGGGCAUCGCUCGACCUCCAUCGGCCAGGCGAAUGCACCUUCCCCACGAGCGCGCUCCCAAACCAUUGGAUCGCAGGAGGAAGAUGUUGUUCGCGAUUUGGUUCCCAACCAGCACAAACGCAGAAGUCAAGUCUUUGAUGUGUCUCCCUCUUCAUCAGACACAGAGGAUACACGUGCUAAGGCCCUGUUGCGUGUACAAAGAAGAAGGCAGAGUUCACGACGCUUGUCUCAGAUCAGCCUUGCAGAUGGUCCAAUCUUCAGACCCCUUGACGUCCUGGUCUGCGAAGACCAUCCUGUCUCACGUCUUGUCAUGGAGAAACUCUUGGAGAAGCUGCGUUGUCGAACAUUGACGGUAACAAAUGGCUCAGAAGCUAUUCGUUAUGCCAUGGGCGAAGUCAAGUUCGAUAUCAUUAUGAUGGAAUUCAAGCUACCUCAAGUCAACGGAGCCGAUGUUGCGCGAAUGAUCAGAGAGACUAAGAACGCCAAUUCGCACACACCCAUCGUUGCAGUCACCGGCUAUCUCAAAGAGCUCCAGGCACCCCAUCACUUUGAUGCGCUGAUCGAGAAGCCGCCCACAAUUGCGAAGCUGUCCGACACAUUUGGCAAGCUCUGCCAGUGGAAACCACCACCACCGAACUGGACUCCUGGGCAAAGUAUGUACCCCUCAAUACCACUCUCUGGCCUCCGUCAGGAAUCCGUUCGCCAAGGAGACAGCCCUAUCUCGAAUUCCUCGAGCUUUCCACCUGUGCCUUCAGGAAGCUAUCGCGGAUCCAGCCGCGAGGAUUCCAUCAGUUCCAGCUUCUUCGGUGACAACGACAGUCGCACGGGUGACGACGUGCCAGUAGCAAUUGCGCGCCUCGGCGGCGAUGAUUGGCGAGAACGGGAUUUAGCUCGAGCAAUGAGUGGUCUGGGGAUAUCGGAGGAUCCGGCCAGUGGUGUCGAUCCCAAGAACGCGGGGCACAAUCUCCCACUUCCGCAUGACCUCCCACUUCACGGCGUUUCCGCCCCGGCAGUGCUGGAGACUGCUACAAUCCGCAAGCAACGAUCCGCAGAGAUGGUUGGGGCCAAGCGUCGUAUUCUGGAAACUCGCAAACACGAAUCUGCAGAGUCUGGCGACGACGAAGACGACGAGCUGGGCCAUAUCAGCGUUCGCACAAAAAGCCCCAAGUCACGCCCAAAGUCUUCGUCCAAGCUUGGUAUCGAGAUGAUGCGGACGAACAGUAGGGGCAGUGUCAUCUCUGUGGAAGACAUUGCACCUCCUGACACGACAUUGGCCUCGUCGCCGCCCCCUGCCAUCACUGAGGAUCGGCACGCAGAGGAGCGGGAAGCGCAGCUUAGCGGCUACGACGUCCCUCCGGUCUCACUCACACCGCCAGAGAUAUUCCCGCAAGCCCCGGGUGACCAAGCCCAGGAUAUUGCAUUGGACACGACGCCGAGGGCCUCCAUGCAGGCCAACGAUCCCGAUCCGGAUCCCACGCCUAGAGCUAAGGCGUCACCAAAAGUGUAGAUCUUGUUUACAGGGAACGCAUGUUUUAGCCGGCCCCUUGCAACUAUGAUUCUUGUCGACCUACCCCGCCUCUCCAGCAUUUCCAUGGU